UUUUCAACACCCAAUCACGCUCUCUAUCGACACAACCACACUCUCUCUCUCACUAAGCAUCGCAUAGCAGCUAUGGCGACUGGUUUGGUCCGGAGAGCGAUUUCUAGGGUUCACAAUUCGCCUGCUGCGAAGCUAGGAUGUAUUCGAGCACACGCUUCGGAAGCCCAAGCCCAACAGGUCGAACAGAAAGCUCGACCUGUCUCCAACCUCAAGACCUUCCAAAUCUACCGGUGGAGCCCCGACAACCCGAAGAAGCCGGAGCUCCAGGACUACCAGAUCGACCUCAAGGACUGUGGUCCAAUGGUCCUCGACGCCCUCAUCAAGAUCAAGAACGAGUUCGACCCUACCCUCACCUUCCGGAGAUCUUGCCGCGAGGGAAUCUGUGGAUCCUGCGCGAUGAACAUCGACGGCUGUAAUGGCUUGGCUUGCCUCACCAAGAUCGAAUCUGGGUCGUCGUCGACGAUCACGCCUUUGCCCCACAUGUUCGUGAUCAAGGAUUUGGUUGUGGAUAUGACUAAUUUCUAUAACCAGUAUAAGAGUAUUGAGCCAUGGUUGAAGCGGAAGAACCCGCCUCCGGUGCCUGGGAAGGAGGUUCCGCAGAGCAAGAAAGAUAGGGAAAAGCUUGAUGGGAUGUAUGAAUGUAUAUUGUGCGCCUGCUGUAGCACAUCAUGCCCCAGCUACUGGUGGAACCCUGAAUCUUAUCUUGGUCCUGCAGCUCUUCUCCAUGCUAAUCGGUGGAUAAUGGACAGCCGUGAUGAAUACACAACAGAGCGCCUUGACGCAAUAUGCGACGAGUUUAAGCUAUACCGCUGCCAUACAAUAUUGAAUUGUGCCCGUGCUUGCCCAAAAGGUCUGAAUCCUGGAAAGCAAAUUACAAACAUCAAACAGCUUCAGCUUGCAAAGGGUAUCUAAGACGUGUGAUGAUGUGCAUUAAUCUCUUAUCCAGGGAUUAAUGUGAAGAGCUAUUAUUUGUUCAAGUGAAUAAUGUGUGUACUGAUUGUUAUAAUCCAUUCUUCGGAUCUUUAUUGUACUUUUUGGGACCAUGGUCCUUUGUUUUGAAUAAUUUUUCAUAGAAGUGCCUUAUUCUAUUGUCACUUGGAUUGUGUUUUAAUCUACUUUCAUUGACAA